AUGUCUGAGAAAAAAGAUUUAAUUAAGGAGGCAAUAAAGAGAAGAUAAGGUGGUGGCAAAAGUCGUAAAAUAAUUAAGUAACCAUAAUAUAGCCUAAAAAACAUCUGAAACAGGUAAUUAAUCAGGAUUAAAUUUUUAUUCUGGUGAUGUUUCGUCUUUAAAAGUUUAACCUAAUACAGUAUUAAUAAUAAGUCUUGUAUAUUUGGGAAUAGUUGUACUUCUACAUAUUUUCAGCAAAUUAAGAUCAGGAGGAUCAGAAAGUGUAGUGA